AUGGAAUUUGAUGUUUCUAUAUUUGAUUCAAGUCAUUGUGAUAGAGAAUAUGCAGAUUAUAUGCAAAUAGAACAACAAGAAGAACAAACUUCCAAGAAAUUUGAAUUCAAUGACAAACCAAACCCCUGCAUCAUGUCAUCAACCAAAGGUUUUCCCAAUGCAAAAGCUGCUACUCAAAGCCCUUUGGAUCAAUCUCAUUUUGUAUUUACUGUUAAACCAUAUUGCCUUACAAAUGGUUACUUGCGCCUUCCUAAACAAUUUGCAAAGAAAAACUGUCUCAUCAAUAAGAAUUGUGAUGUGAUUAUUAGAGAUGAAAGACAAAGGUCAUGGAAAGUAAGGCUAACUGCCUACGGUUCUCAAGUCUAUAUAUUAGGUGGAUGGCGUGAAUUCUGUGUUGCAAAUGGCUUAAAGGUGGGAGAUCAUAGAAUGUUUGAAGUUGUUACUAACGGAGAAAAUCCAAUAUGGAAAUUUCAAUAUGACAAACCCAACCCCAGCAUCAAGUCAUCAAGAAAGGCAUUUCCCCAUGCUGAAGUUGCUACUCACAGUCACAAGCCAUUUGGUUAUUCUCAUUUUGUAUGCACUAUUAGACCCUAUUGCCUUUCAUAUGAUCUCUUGUGCAUUCCUAGCAAAUUUGCACAUGCGAAUCGUCUCAUGAACAAGAAAUACGAUUUGAUUAUUAGAGAUGAAAGACAAAGGUCGUGGUGUUUAAGGUUAUGUUAUUUUGGAACUGGUGUAUGUAUUAAAGGCGGAUGGGAUGAAUUCCGUGAUACAAAUUGCUUAAAGAAGGGAGAUUGCGUAAUGUUUGAAGUUGUCAGUGAUGGAGAGAAACCAAUUUGGCAAUUUCAUGGCAAAACAAGUGUGGAGAGAAUGCAAGCAUCAUAUAAGGGGUUGACAGAACAAUAA